AUGGUCUAUCUACCACAGUCCUUUUUUGGGUUACCGCUAUAUAUCGGUGUUGAGUUAUCUCUAGGGGUAGCUAUAUUCAACAAAUUUUGUGGUCUAUAUGGUAUUCUAGCAUUAUUUACAGGACGUCCAUUGGAUUUGAUUCAGUGGGGGUUCUAUGUGUGGUCGUUUGCUGCUUUGUUAGUGUUUACAAAAGGUUUGUCACAAGUGUACAAACCGAAAUUGAUGACCUACUGUAUGGUACUUACUGUUUACAGUUUGGACACUGUGCUAGCCUGCUUUUUUGCUGUAUUGUUUACAGGAGAUUGGUUUAGUAAAGAAGAUACUAGCUCUGGCAGCAAUCCAGUCUCCGGUAAAGGUAUAGGAGUUGUAGAUGUGGGGAAAUCUGGAACGCAAAAUUUUGCGUACAGGAGAACUGUGGAUGAUACACAGAGUGCUUCAACACACUAUGAAUAUAGUUCUACAAUAUUACUGACAUUAAUAGUAUCCGCUUUGAGGUUUUACUCAAAUUUUAUUAUUGCAUCAUUUGUGCGGAGAAUGAUGAAGCAGAAUAGGUAUAUUACUGAACCGGAUGAUGUAGAGUAUGAUUUGAAGAACACAUCAGUUGCUUAUAGAGCCUACGUAAGUACUCAGAGGUGGUGCUACUAUUUUUGUAGAAGGUACCUCUAG